UGACGCUCAGCUUUAGCUGACAAAUUAACGUUUUUAAAAAGUGGAAGCUUGAUUAAAAGUUUUUCAAUAUCUAAAUAAAAAUUCACUAUUAAAUUGGGUUUGCUUUAGAUAUUUCUAAGUAUUUUAAAUCGGUCCUAGAAAUUAUCAUCAAAGAAAUGCCGAAAGUAAAAGCAGAAAUUCGUGAUUCAUCGCCAUCAACUACAUCAGAUGAAAAGUCAAUUUCUAAUGAUGACGGUGAAAGCAGUACCGAUUAUGAAGACGUGUCACCUUUUAAAUCCAAUUCAAAGAAAGUUUUCAGCAGCACUCAAAUUGUCAACCCGAAAGAAAAUCUAUCGCGGAAAACACAAAUAAAAAAGAAACUUAUCAAUCAUUUGCAAGGAUCAAAUGUCGCUCACCGCAAGCAUACAGCUGCGGUUCGUAACAUAAAAUGGGAUUCAAUUCAGAUCGACGACUUCACAACUGAAGAGCUUCAAAACAGCCUAAGUGAAAUUAUCAAAUCCGCAGGAACUAGUCGAACCCUUCAUGAAAUUCUAAAUGAUUAUGAAAGCAAUUGGAAAAAGUAUGAAAUUUCCAACCAUCCAGAUUUUCCUUCAAGACCUCACAUACCAUCAAUGCAAUUCUUCAUGGUCAACAGGAGUAAGUUCGAGCAGAAAUUAGAGAAAGAAAAUGGUGGGAAAAAAGUUGCUUAUCGAGAUGUCUAUAAAUAUGGCAUGCAGAAAUUCAGAGAACUACCAGAAAAGAAAAAGCAAGGCUACAUCGAUACUUACGCAGCAAAUCAGGAAGCUUUUAAAGAGAUAAAGAAACAGUUUUUCAAAGAUCACCCGGAACUUAAAAUUGGUAAAAGUGACAGUGUUUCCAGUAGAGCUGGAAAGAAAGAUGAAGUUUUUAAAAGUACUUUACUUCUAACUCCAUUUCAUCAUUAUCGGGAAAAAUUGUUUGACGAGGGAACCAGAGUAGAUUUUGCAACUGUGCAGAAGAUGUGGAAAGAACUGCCAAUUCUUGAAAAGGGAAAAUACAUUGCUGAAGUAGCAGACAUGGACACUGACAAGGAAAAACGACUUUCGAAAGAGGAACUAAAGAUUCUAGAUCAAUAUCAAGGCCUUCCAUCUCGUCCUAUCUCUCUUUAUCAGCUGUUUUGUAAGAAACUUUUUGAGGAAACAAGCAAAAGAAAGGUAAAGAAAACGCUGACUCAAGUAGCUGAAGAAUGGAAAAAAAUAUCAAAGGAAGAGAAGAGUAAAUUGCAAAACGAAGUUGACAAGUACACAGAAGAAUGGCGCGAAAAAAUGGAAGCAUACAUACAAAAGAUGCCUAAAGAUCAACAACCAAUGCUUCGUUCAAAGUACAAUUUAUAUAAAUUCGAUCAGAAGCACAAGCGUAAGAUUACUGACUCUACAAACUCGUUAAAAUCAACAAAUGCAAAGAAUGAUGGUCGAAGCAAACUUUCUUUCGACGAUGACUCCGAUCAAGAGGAAUUUCCUAUGCCUAAAAAAAUUAAGAAGGAAAAUGGAUCUCCUUCACUUAAUGACAGUGAUUCCUCUAAAGUGCAAACGAGUUCUGUUUCUAAAGAAAAGAGUCCUUUAAAAUCGCCAAAGAAACAAAAACUUAACGAGCCAGUUUAUCCCUCACAAACUACUGCUCAUUAUUAUAUGACUAAAAUCUAUGAUGGAAAACCAUCAAAAGUAAUAAAGGCAUACAAAAAACUUGAUGCUAAGGAUAAACGUAUGCAUCGAGCCACCAUGAUACAGCUUCGCAAACAGUUUUUGGAUGAAUCUGCUGCAUACGUAAAAAAUGCAGAUCCAACUGCUAUUGUCGCUUUUCAGUUGAACAUUAAAAAAUCGAGAGAAGCUCAGAAAGAAGAGAUUACUUGGCAUAUUGAUACUGGAACUGAUAAAGAAUCAAAGAAAUAUAGCAGCAGUAGCGACAGUAGUAGCAGUGAUUCCGAUAGUUCGUAAUUAAUUUUUCUUUUCAACAAUAAACAGUUCAAAGCUGAGACAAGAUCCUUAGCAUAAACCAAGACACAUAUUUAAAUUUUUCCGUUAUAUUCUCUUAUAUUAAGAAUUUUCUUUCCUUUUAAACUUGUAAAGAUUGAGAUGUUAAAUAAAAGAAAUUUUUAUUUUUCCUUAAAUUUUGAAGAAUUCUGUCAUGUAUGGCCUUCUUUGACUAACAAAUAAAUGC